AUGCGCCUUCGUUUCGAACAUGUGGAGAGGCGGGCGCCCAGGGCGUUCCUCGAUGUCGUUCAGCUGGCGCUGACGGUGGUACUCCUCGUGCGCCUGGCGCGUGCGCGCGACUCCGCGCUUAGGUGGACCGGCGGAUGCGAGGGAGAGCAGCAAAAGGCAGACGAGGGAGAGGAGAACGAGCUGCAUGGAGAAGGUGUCCGUAACUUGGCCGCCUUUCAACCCCCCUCCUCCUCCCUCUCCCCGUCGAAUUCAGGUAAUUUCCUUCCUUUCCGCCACCAACCCGCCUUUCCCCCACCUAUCCGCGGACCCCUUUCCGCUGCGCCCCCGCCGCUCCGCACUGCGCUGAUCCUAGCCCCCUGCCCCGCCUCUCCUCCCACUCUUCCCGAGCCGCUCAUUCCUCUCGGCCAAUCGGAGCUGCGCGUGUCACCGCUGGGAAUCGGCACGCUCCAAUGGGGCGAUCCGCGGUCGGGCUUCGGUGAACAGUACUCCGCUGCUGACCUGGCAGAGGCCUUCCUGGCGGCGCUGGCGGGCGGCAUUAACCUGUUUGAUUCUGCAGAGGUCUACGGCUACCAAAGCAUACCGACCGGUAACUCCUCCGAGCAGCUUCUGGGAAGGUUCGUGGCGGAGGAGAAGGCGAGGAGGCUCCAGGAGGGGAGCGACAGCUCGCAGUCCCCUGCGCCUGUAGCGGCCAGCAAGUUCUUCACCAUCCCCUGGACCAACCUGCUCGUGGGUGGCGGGCUUCGAUUCGGCCGCCAGUCGCUGAUAGAUGCUCUCAAGGCGAGCCUGCAGCGUCUUGGCAUGGAGCGAGUUGAUCUCUACCAGAUCCACUUCCCCUUCCCCACCAUCAGCAACGCCACGCUGAUGGACGGGCUCAAGCAGGCGCAUGCAGAGGGGCUGGCCACGGCUGUGGGGGUUUCCAACUACAACACACAGCAGCUACAGGAAGCGCAUUCUCUUCUCAAAGCAGCAAACAUCCCGCUUGCCUCAAACCAAGUCAAGUUCAACCUGUUGGACAGAGGCACGGAAACCAAUGGCCUGCUGCACACAUGCAAGGACCUGCAAGUGUCGCUCAUAGCCUACUCUCCCCUGGCAUCUGGGCUGCUCACAGACAAGGCUCUCACGCGCUCAGACAAGGAUGCUGUGCGGGUGCGCCCCUUGCUGCAGCUGAUGAAGGCGAUGGGAGAGGAGUAUGGCGGCAAGAGUGUUUCCCAGGUCGCUCACCCCUCCCCUUCCACUCCCCUUCAGGUCGCUCUUAACUACAUUAUGUGCAAAGGAGCCAUUCCCAUCCCGGGGUACGUUGCAACUUGCACCUAUGUGACCCUCCACACUUGCAUUCCUCCGCACUCACAUUCCUCCGCACUCACAUUCCUCCGCACUCACAUCCCUCCGCACUCACAUUCCUCCUAA